CAGUAGUAGAAGCAGGAAGCAGCUGAUUUCAAUUUCAAAUCUUCAAAACAGUUAUUCCAAAAAAAUGAUUGUAUUAUUAGACGAAGAACGUUUCAAAAAAGACCAAAACGAAUUAUUCCACUAUGGUGUGUGCAGUACAUUCAUUUACCAAGAUUACAGGGAAAUCAUCGACAAACAACUUAAACGCGAACUGGUCAAUAUAAGAAACCAUUGCAAGGCUAAUAAUAUCAAAGACGACAAGUUUAGCGACGAAAAAUUGUUUGAACGGUAUCAACAGUUUUGGGCCUUGUCUGAACCAAGCUUUGAAGUGUUCUAUGAACAAAUUCAAAAAAUCUUCUCAGUCCCAGAUGAUUGCAUCCCAGAUCCCCAAAAAAUUUACUCAUCAGCUUUGGAUUGUGCCAGAGACUGCACCCAAGAAUACUCUCAAAAAACCGAAAAACUAGAAGACGAAGUUCGAGAUUUGAUCGAAGAAUAUCUGGUGGAAACUUGCUUUGUAGAUGAACUUAAGCUGCGUCAGGAGAAAAUUAAUAGCUCGCUUAGUUUUUUAAAUGAAAAAUGGAAGAGGGCUGUUUUGAGAGAUAAAAAAUCUGUCAAAAAGAUGGCACUUUUUGAGAAAAAUCACGAAAAGUUGUUGCAGAUGUUCAAGCCGGAAUGUACUAGGGAAGAUAUAAAGUCACUUUUAAAGGUGGGCUUUGUUGAUAGGAAAGCCAAUAUGGAACUAAAUCCAGCUAAUUUAGAAAAUAUUAAAAAUUUGUAUUUAAAUUAAUAAAU